GAGUCCGUCGUGCUGCAUGGAUGGGACAGGGGCCCAUGGGGUACCUCCAACGUCACUAAAGUCGGGACCAGCAUGGGGACAUUCCUUCACACACGUCGCCUUCUGAACCGAACAAGCAUGACGGUGGCCCAAUGUUUGUCAGGAGACAAACUGACCCGAUGUAGUACGAUUUCGAUGAGAGAAUAAUUCGUUUGGAGACAUGCAUGUAGAUUUUACUUUAACACAACACUCAGCUCCGUUCUGUAAGAACAGAAAAUUGAUUUGCUCAGUGGGAAUGCCCGUAGUUCGCUCCACCCAAAGAGGAUAUGAGUUGUUGGAAAUGGGCCAUAGGCUAGGUUUCUUGCCAAAAAAGAGGCGAGCAGAAGUUGCUGAACUAUUGGAAAUCCCUGCCUGAGAGUUUGGCAUUAAAGUCGUAUGUGAGUUUAUAUCAUUCACCACAAUCGCAUGGCAUUCUAACAUAAUGCUCCAAAGAUGGCGGUAGCUACAGUAAUUUCGGGGAACAGAGUGCAAAAAAGUGGAUUUUUAGAGGUUUUGGUGAGGGACCGAUGGCACAAAGUUUUGGCCAACUUGAACGAAGAAGCUCUGACGCUGAGUUGCGAGGACCAGGGAAAUAAUGUAAACCUUAACGGCAUCACAAAUGGAUCUUACGGCAGCGACGCCACUCACCAGGAUCCCACGAACAGUCCGAAAACCGCGGCGAGGACAGCUUUCACGGAUUUAUCCGAGCAAGUGCCAGAGGCGAUAGCGAACAGAAAAAGAUGUGUGAAGGUGAUAAAGCAAGAAGUGGGGGGACUAGGUAUCAGUAUAAAAGGAGGAAAGGAGAAUAAAAUGCCGAUACUUAUUAGUAAGAUUUUCAAAGGUCUCGCUGCGGAUCAGACCCAAGCCUUGUAUGUGGGGGACGCAAUUCUAUCCGUGAACGGUGUGAACCUGCGGGAUGCUACGCACGACGAGGCGGUGCAGGCGCUCAAACGAGCGGGUAGAGAGGUGACGCUGGAAGUGAAGUACAUGCGAGAGGCCACACCCUACGUGAAGAAGGGGUCCCCGGUGUCGGAGAUUGGCUGGGAGACCCCUCCGCCGGAGUCCCCGAGGCUGGGUAGUCCCCAGUCCGACAUCCCCCUCGCCCCCACUGUGUCACUUCAGGGGGACAGGAGGUGCAUCCCUCUGAAGAUGGGCUACAUCACCAGGAGCAUGAACACGCCGGACCCAGAGAACAGGCAGUUGGAGCUUCACUCGCCGGACGCCAAGCACACCGUGGUUCUACGGUGCAAAGACACGGCCGCAGCCCAGGCCUGGUUCGGGGUCAUCCAGUCUGCCACCUCGAACCUCAUCACUAAAGUCAUAGCGGAGGUCAAAGAGCACACAGGACGAACAGGGAUUGUGGGGGGCAGAGAGAUCAGACACCUCGGCUGGCUGGCCGAAAAGACAGAGAAUGAGAAGCAGCGGUGGAAGCCAGUCCUGGUGAUGGUGACAGAGAAAGACCUGCUAUUCUAUGACAGCCUGCCACGGAUGAAGGAGUCCUGGCAUAGUCCUGCACACACAUACCCACUGCUAGCGACAAGACUGGUGCAUUCUGGGCCAGAUCGAGGAUCUCCGCGGCCCGGGUCGGAGUUGUCCUUUGCCACACGCACGGGCACGAGACUUGGCAUCGAGACCCACCUGUUCAGGGCAGAGACCAGCCGCGACCUGGCGCUGUGGACCAGGCACAUUGUCACCGGCUGUCACUCCUCCGCCGAGAUGAUCAAGGAGGUCACCACCAGCUGUAUGUACCAGGGCCAGGAGUGCCGGCUGGUGAUCCACUACGAGCAGGGCUUCUCUGUCCUAUCUGAGCCCCAGGGAGAGGAGCCAGAGAACCAAGGGCUCCAAAACCAGGCGCGCCAGAACCAGUGGCGUCAGAACCAGGCCAAACCUCUGCUCAGCUACCCCUUCGAACGCCUCAAGAUGUCCUCGGACGACGGCAUCCGGAUGCUCUUCCUGGAUUUCAGUGGAAAAGAGGGCGAAAUUCAGCUGGACCUCCACUCAUGUCCGAAGCCUAUCGUCUUCAUCCUUCACUCAUUCCUCUCGGCGAAGAUCGCCAGACUCGGCCUGGUAGCAUAGAGUUUGUCUUUAGAACUCCAUAGCAAGACAGGACAUUUAAAGUUCAAUAGUGGAUUGUUCCAGUGUUCCACAGUUGAGUGUACAGAUCAAAUCAGGACGUGUGUCAUGGUGAAAGAAAACGAAAACACAGAAGAAGGACGUAUCAAUGAACUGCGUUUCAGAAACGAGUUGAUUUGUGCUAUAUUUAUAAAAACAUGUGCAUUACCAAUGACAGCAUACUGUAUACACUCAGUAAGAUUGUAAAGGAUCAGUUAGAGCAGGAGACAUUUUGUCGAAAUCGUUGUUAAGCUGCAGAACAACACUAAUCUAUUGUUUUGGUACUAAAAAGAUAUUGGAAGUAUUAUCUAUCCAGCACACAUUGAUCCUCUGAUAAUCCUUUGUUUGGCAGUGUUUUUGUCGGCAAAGAAAUAAGCACUUACUGUUCAUUUAAAUCCAGAAGUUGAAAUAGGCUAUAUAUGUAAUAGCUGCUUGAAAUGUAGAAUUGUACUAUGCCUUUGGCAGCUAUUAUGCAUAAUGAUUCAAGGCUUUGUUUUAUUUCAACUCUGUUAACGACACACAUGAAUUGCAUUAAAAAAAAUGUAGCUUUUU